CGCCUCACUGACCCCGCUCGCAGCUGCAGAGACAGUCCUGACGCCCCCGAACAGCUGGAUCCGCCCUCAUCCAGGCCUGCGAAAAGGCCGGAAGCACCGUCCCGCGAUACUGCUACCACGAGAAGCUGAUGAUUGCCGGUAACUGCCGUAUGUGUCUGGUCGAGGUGGAGCGGGCUCCCAAGCCAGUUGCGUCGUGCGCGUGGCCGGUGCAGCCAGGCAUGGUAGUCAAGACCGACUCGCCGCUCGUCCACAAGGCGCGCGAAGGUGUCAUGGAGUUCCUGCUCGCCAACCACCCGCUCGACUGCCCCAUCUGCGACCAGGGAGGCGAGUGCGAUCUCCAGGACCAGUCGAUGAGGUACGGAGCCGACCGCGGUCGAUUCCACGAGAUCGGUGGCAAGCGUGCCGUUGAGGACAAGAACAUUGGCCCUCUGAUCAAGACUUCCAUGAAUAGGUGUAUCCACUGCACACGAUGCAUUCGUUUCUCCAACGACGUGGCUGGUGCCCCCGAAAUGGGCUCUACAGGCCGUGGUAACGACCUCCAGAUCGGCACAUACCUUGAGACCUCCCUCGACUCUGAGCUUUCCGGAAACGUGAUCGAUCUCUGCCCCGUUGGUGCCCUGGUCUCGAAGCCAUACGCCUUCAAGGCCCGUCCUUGGGAGCUGUACAAGACCGAGACUGUCGAUGUCCUUGACGGCCUUGGCUCCAACAUCCGCGUCGACUCCCGUGGUAUCCAGGUCAUGAGGAUUCUGCCCCGUCUGAAUGACGACGUCAACGAGGAAUGGAUCAACGACAAGACCCGAUUCGCAUGCGACGCUCUCAGCACACAGCGCCUGGUCAACCCGCUCAUUCGAGUCGACGACCAGUUCCAGCCCGCAUCAUGGGAGCAGGCCCUUGUUGAGAUCGGAAACGCUUUCAAGAAGAUCGCACCCAAGGAGAACGAGAUCAAGUUCGUUGCUGGUCACCUUGUUGAGGCUGAGACUCUCGUCGCCGCAAAGGACCUCGCCAACAAGCUUGGUUCUGACAACUUGGCUCUCGACCAGCCCGGAGGUAGCCAGCCUAUUGCCCACGGUAUCGACUCCCGCGCCAACUACUCCUUCAACUCCAGGAUCUACGGUGUCGAGGAGGCUGAUGCCAUCCUUCUUAUCGGUACCAACCCCCGACACGAGGCCGCCGUUCUCAACGCCCGUAUCCGCAAGCAGUGGUUGAGGUCCGACCUACAGAUCGGUCUCGUUGGUGAAGACUUCGAAAGUACUUUCGAGUACUCGAACCUCGGAGCCAACGCCAAUGACCUGAAGGGCGCUUUGUCUGGCGAGUUUGGCAAGGUACUCCAGGGCGCCAAGAAGCCAAUGAUCAUCGUUGGUAGCGCUGUUGCUGAGCACCCGGAUGCUAAGUCCAUCUUCGAGCAGGUUGGUUCUUUUGUUGAGAAGAACAAGGCUGGCUUCGCCACACCUGAAUGGAACGGCUACAACGUUCUUCAGCGAACAGCUUCCCGCACUGGUGCUUACGAUGUUGGCUUCACAGUUCCCUCGCCCGAGGUUGCCAACACCAAGCCCAAGUUCGUCUGGUUGCUUGGUGCUGAUGAGAUCAAUGAGGCUGAGCUGCCCAAGGACGCUUUCGUCGUUUACCAGGGCCAUCACGGUGACCGCGGUGCUCAGCUUGCUGAUGUUGUCCUUCCUGGUGCCGCUUACACAGAGAAGUCUGUCACAUACGUCAAUACUGAGGGUCGUGUACAGAUGUCUCGUGCUGCUGUUGGUCUGCCUGGUGCUUCGAGAGAAGACUGGAAGAUCAUCCGUGCUGCAUCAGAGUACCUCGGUGCUGAGCUGCCUUACGAUGAUGUUGAGCAGCUUCGUGACCGUAUGGAGGAGAUUUCUCCUGCUCUCAGGAGAUACGACUUGGUCGAGUCGACUUCCCUGCCUGGCCUCAGCAAGGUCCAGCUGGUAGACCAGAACAAGGGUUCGCAGUCGUCAGGCCAGGCUCUUGAGAAGCCUAUCAAGAACUUCUUCUUCACAGACGCCAUCUCGAGAAAUUCACCGACAAUGGCACGAUGCUCAGCAGCGAAGGAGCAGAAGAACUCCAAGACCAACUUCAUGGCACCUGGAUACCCCGACCCUCAGGUCGGUUACGGGCCUCAGGGAACACCCCAGAUCGCGUCGGCAGCCAACAUCUAAGCUAAUGUAAAGCACGGUUUUGAAAACGGGGGGAGUUUUGAAUUGUACAUAGGCUCACAUUUUCCUUUAUCAGUCCUGGCAUGUGACUUGCGUGGUGUAGAGUGUAUGAGAAUACCAGCGUAUUUGUUCAAUUAUAUGCCAUGGAGUCCGAAUGUUAGUGAGCUUGACUACAGUCCAACAUUACCCUUUCGGUGCUUGAUUUGCAUUGCGCGAAUAAAAUCGGCAUGCCAAGGCACACUACCCCAGGUUGACUUCUUGUACCGUCCUCU